AUGGUAAUUUACGCUGAUAUAGAUAAGGUGCUCAACUUCGACGAUUUUAUGGACUUCUACAUUUAUGACCUAAAAUGGCCUUGGACCGAGACACAUUUUAUUAUCAAUGAAUAUUGCUAUGAGUGCGGUCAAUACGUAAACCGAUCUUCAAGAAUUGGACACUUUUCUGUGAUAAUGACUCGCAUACAUGUAAAAAAAAUAUUACUUAGUUCAUAUUUUUGGUGUAAUUAUUGUCAUUACUCCGUAUAUGAUCAUUACACCACUGAUGAGUGUAUUUUAUGUGCAAAUUAA